UCACUAAAACUAAUAAUCUUUGAAUUCACAACUAAUUUUCUUUCCCUUAUAAAUACAUUCUCUAACCCCAUCACUACCUCAUCAUUCUUUCUUCUCCAAAACCCAAAAAAGAAAGAAGAAAAGAAAAGUCUAAAACUCUCUCUCUCUAUAAUGGCGACUCUCAUGACUCUUCUCGUGUUGACAUUCGCCUCAUUCUUCGCCACCUCCUUCGCCGAUCCCGAACUCCUCCAAGAUGUUUGCGUAGCCGAUCUCAACUCUGCUGUGAAAGUUAAUGGAUUCCCUUGUAAGGCCAACGUAAGCGCCGAUGAUUUCUCCUUCGCCGGAUUAGCCAAUCCAGGUGCGACCAACAACACUUUCAAGUCCAAGGUCACCGGAGCCAACGUCCAGAACAUUCCAGGCCUUAACACACUAGGAGUCUCUAUGGCGCGUAUUGACUACGCUCCCGGAGGUAUUAACCCACCACACACUCACCCACGCGCCACCGAGAUUGUUUUCGUUCUUGAAGGUGAAUUAGACGUUGGUUUCAUCACCACCGCCAAUGUUUUGAUCUCCAAGACUAUCAAGAAGGGAGAUGUAUUUGCUUUCCCUAGAGGACUUGUUCAUUUCCAGAAGAACAACGGCAAGAACCCUGCCGCUGUUAUCGCCGGAUUUAAUAGCCAGUUGCCGGGGACUCAGUCCAUUGCCACCACAUUAUUCGGGGCCACCCCACCUGUGCCGGACAAUGUCUUGACCAUGGCUUUCCAGAUUGGUACAAAAGAGGUUCAGAAAAUCAAAUCCAGAUUUGCUCCCAAAAUGUAAUUUGGUAAUGUUGUGACCUUUUACUCUUCAUUUUGUUUUUUUUUUAUAGAAAAAUAAAUUGGGAGUGUUAGAGAAUGAAAAUAAUGUAUUUAUUUCUUUUGUAUGAGAAAUUCUUGAAAUUGUAAUGUUUGUUCUUCUUCUUAUUGUUUAAAAAUAACACUUCAUUAUAUACUUUUGGAUCA